AUGACGAUGAGGCUUACUGAACUCGCGAACCUGCCUCCAGCCAGGCUCUCUGUGAGCUUCAGAAGGAGAAGCCCCGGAGAGCUUGGGAGAUGGGCCUUCGAUCGUACGCUGCCUAAACCCUCGUCGGUGUGCGACCCCUCUCAUCCCCUCUUGCGACAUCCGAACGGCGACCGCAUCGUGGCGGACUUCCCAUCCUUCACAACCCCCGCGUUCAUGAUGAGAGCCAUCCCCACCGGCCUCCUCUACAAACCGCCCCCGUCCCACCUCAUCAGCCCGAACACCCUGCGCGAGGACGCGGACGACCCCAGCGUGGUCCACAUGCCGCUCGCGUCCACCGUGCACAAGCUGCUCGGCGUCCGGUUCUACCAGCGGGACGCCCUCCGCCGGCUCAAGACCGCGUGCGCGCUCGUCGUCACGCGCGGGGCGGACGUCAUAAACGGGACCGACGACGGGCCGCGUCUGAUCUUAGACGAGGAGCGCGCGAGGCACCGAUGGGUCUUGGCUGGCUGGACGUACGUGUGCAAGAUCAGCCCGGAGCUGCACCGGAUGCCCUACACGGAGCUCGUGCCCCAUGUUAGGGCGGCGCUGGAAAAGAUGGCCCGCCGUGGACGGAAUGUCGAGCGACGGUGGGCGUCGGAACGUCUUUAA